AUGGACACUCAUGAAUGGAAUGCUUCGAUGGAUCGAAUCGAGUCGAUGCUUUUUGAGAUGAUUGGUCUUCUCAAAAACGAGUCUAGAAGAUGGGCAACCUCACCCAUUUUUUCUAGUCCAACACCCGUUUCCAUCAUCACACCGCCAACCUUGUCAACUGUUGCCGCCUCACCACCACCAACUUCCUUUCCCGUACCAUCACUUCCACCAACGGCCGUUUCCACCAUGACACCGAAACAAGCUCCCACCACCACACCUCCAACGACCAUCGUUCCAAAACCAACCCUAAAACCCAUAAUAACGUCACCUCAAAAAGCCACUGCGACCAAGCCGUCAUCCAAACCAAAACCUACCUCAUCUCUAAUUCAGACAUCAAUGGUUUCUUCUAGGUUGAAGAAGGUUGUGAGUUCACCGCCAACAACGAAACAAAUGGCAUCAAUCAAAGGGGUGGUCAGAAAACUCGAUUGGCGCCCCCCGUGGCAUUAUAUCGACACGGCUCCGAAUGCUACCGUACGAGUCGAGUGGCGUCCACCAUGGUUCCCACCAAGUCGUAUCCAUUUUUCGCGUUGA